UUUGUCCGUUACGUUCAUGCAUGUAAUCAUUGAUUGUGCCUAUUGUGACAGGCCGAUUCACCAUCUGUAGGGUCCCAUGAGGCUGAUACUGCUGAUACUGCUGCCUUCAUUUUCAGCAGUUUAACCUCUUAACUGGUUUCACGUCUUUGUCUGGUUCUGAAGAGCCAACUCUGCAACAAAAAUAGAAAAAAUAGUCUCACUUUAGCUCACAACAAUCCUCAAAUUUAAUCUAUUUUUUAAUAUAAAAUGCUUGGCAAUGACCAGAUGUUUUAAUUCUGCAGUAAAUGUCAAAAGCCUCCAAAUAUUCCUGAUCCAUCUGCUUUUAUUAAAAAAAAGAGAAAGAAAAUUAUGAUUGGAGGAGAUUUUAUUUUCAUUCAUUGACUGGACAUUUGGGAUGAUUCCCCUCAGAUUUCUUCUUUUUGUUGGUCUGUUCAGUCGUGUGUGUUUUUGCCGCCUCUUGCCGUAGCCCACCCGACCCCCGGCCCUCCCUGUGCCCGCCUCCCUGCCUCCUUUUCCCACUGCUGAGAGGAGCAGAACGCGCGGCCUCUGCGGCGGGAAGAAAAUUGUCUACAAGCACUUCCUCAGAAAAAAAAAAAAGUUCACUCACAAGCCCAGAUGCCUCCACAAGUUGAACGUCUUAGUCCUGAACGAGGAACUUUUUGGGGAAUUUAAGGACAAUUUGUCAUGAAUUUUACUUUUCUUUUUAAAUGUUUUGCGCUUUAUGUUUUCAAUCCAACAUUUGCCGCAAAUGAACCGAUGUUUUCUCGUUGCGCACAGGUCCCGAGGAGAAGGAAAGGGACUAUUAACCUCUGAAAUAUAAGCUUUAAUGUCUCAUAAUUGAUUCACUGAGAAUACUAUACCUAAACGGAGCACGGGCUGAUUUAUUUCGUGCGCUUGGCACGUUUAGAUGCUUUUGGAUGAAUGCGUAAAAGCGCACCGCGGACCCGCAAUUUCCUCCGCGCAGCAUCCUUGUUCUUUCAUCGUUUGCUGUAAAGUGUUGUAAGUUGUCGGGACUGUUGACAGACACUGCGAGAACAACAGCUGUCAAACUCAUGGGACCCUCCUGCACACCCGCGGGCAACGAAGUCCGGUGAGGUUCCUACUGCGCAUGUCAGAGCGCUGGACAGCUCCGGAGAGGGAAAUUUAAAAACGGUUUUUUUGGGGAGAAUCAAGUGCAGCACAGUGGAAUACAGUACCGGGGAGUUUGGGAGCGGCUGUCACGCUUUAUAGUUUCAACCAAAACAGAAUAGGCCUCCACACAUCCUAGGAAAUGAUAGAAGGUGGAAUAACUCCCAGGAUGUCAGGAAUAAUUGAGAAUGCCGGGCAUCAUCCAUCCCCACAGGACUACAGGCUUCUGACCACAGACCCCUCCCAGCUGCGGGUGGAGGACCUCCCCGGGGACCUCCAGUCUCUGUCGUGGCUCACCUCUGUGGACGUGCCCCGGCUACAGCAGAUGGCUGAUAGCAGAGGCCACAGUAACGGCCCCCCCUCCCAGGGCAGCUUGCUAGAGCAACAAACAGUUCAGCUGAGCAGUAUGACCAUACCAGUGAGCCAAGCCUCCAUUCUCCACCUGCAGAGUAACAUGCAACACAGCCCUUUGGGGAUGAGCAUCACCAGCAACCGCACUGGAAGUAUGUCUCCGUUCUCCAUGAAUGGACUUCCCUCCCCAGGGUAUCAGUGCCCAACCUCAGUUUAUCAGCCAACACCACAACAGGUGUACUCUCUAACGCAAACUGGACAACAGUGUUCAACUGCUGGGCUUUAUAGCAAUGUCUCUUUUAACAACCAAAGUCUGUUCACACAACCUCGCCUGGCUCCACAGGAGCAGGAGCUGCAGCCCAAGUCUUUUCCCAAGCCGAUCUACUCCUACAGUUGUUUAAUUGCCAUGGCACUAAAGAACAGCAAAACCGGCAGCCUACCAGUCAGUGAGAUCUAUAGCUUUAUGAAGGAACACUUUCCUUAUUUCAAGACUGCACCUGAUGGAUGGAAGAAUUCAGUCAGACACAACCUCUCCUUGAACAAAUGCUUUGAGAAGGUGGAGAACAAGACGAGCAGCUCAUCCCGUAAGGGCUGUCUAUGGGCACUGAACCCUGCCAAAAUUGACAAGAUGGAAGAAGAGAUGCAGAAGUGGAAACGCAAGGACCUCCCAGCUAUUCGCCGCAGCAUGGCUAACCCUGAUGAGUUGGACAAACUCAUCACAGACCGUCCAGAGAACUGCAGACGUAAGGCUUUGGAGCCCGAUAUGACCCGGCUGGCUGGUUGCCCAAGCGGCCUACCGCUGGCGGUCCCGGCUCAGAUGCAAUCCCAGCCCAUCGUCACGCUGUCCCUACCCUGUUUGUCCAUGCAACAACACCACCAGCUCCAGGCUCAGCUGCAGGCUCAGGCUCGGCUGACCCCCAUGUCGCCCGCCCCAGCCCAGACCCCUCCCCUCCACACCGUCCCUGACCUUUGCCACAGUCCGCUCGCCCAGCAGCCCAGCAAGCCUCCGGAGGAGUUUUACAGUGUGCACGGUGACACAGAGGUGGACGCGCUGGACCCCAGCAUCAUGGACUUCGCCCUUCAAGGUAAUUUGUGGGAGGAGAUGAAAGACGACAGCUUUAACCUGGAUGCUUUGGGCACUUUCAGUAACUCCCCCCUCCGACUAUCAGACUGUGACUUGGGAACGACCGCUCUCCCUCCUGCAUCCAGCGGAGCAAACCUGCCGCUGUCAGAGGUGCAGGUGUCGGGGCUCUACACCUCCUACACCUCCCAGGAUCCCUUGUAUUCUCAGUACAUGGGCGCCCCGGCCAACAGCAAGCCCAUCGCCCUGCUUUAAAGAACUUCAGGGGAUUUUGACCAGAGUUUCAUAUUUGGGGCUGAACUUCUGUGCCAUGAAAACCUCGGGGAUCAUUCUGAGAAAACUGGGAUUCAUUUCAGUCUGCUGGACGAAUCCCCAUGAAGAAAUGCUAAAUUAAAACUCUUUUGCCAAGGAAAAACUCAAAGCCUGUAUGUUAGCCCUCACCCAUUCAUCUUUCCUUAAUGUAGUUCCCAACCUUUUGUUUGCUGUAUUGUGCUAGAAAUUAUUGAUGUAAUGUUUAAUUUAUAUUUAUAAAAGGCAGCUGGAGAAGGUCAAUCUUUUGCUGUAUAUAUUUGAAUUCCGACUCUUCUAUAACCACAGAUUUCUUUUUUUUAUGGGAUCUAUUCAUUUAUAAACCAACGCUCCAUCCCGCUGUUACAAACACUUCUUUUCUACUCACUGUGAUCGACACGUCUCAGGGUCAGACGUGCGUCUUAUUCAUGUGAACACAAUAAAAAUGGGUCAAUAAAAGAAGCUUCUUAAUAUUUAUUAAAAUCAAUGGCAGUUAAUUAUAAACAUUUCUUUGUAAAAUCUGAAGUUCUAGAUAAAAUACAUUUGAAUGAAAUGUCAAUAUCUGAUCAAAAAUAUGGCAAAAUUGCUUGAGGCCCCCAUUUAGGCAACGACUGGUGAUGAAACAUGGUUUCCAACAUUUUUUAGAAAAAUUACAACAAAAAUAAAUGCUUGGGGAUAUCAAAUAGUGCCAUUCUUUGUUCUCUCACAUACAAUAGCUCAUAACAACAAUGUACAGCAUUAAUAAACAAGUGAAAAUGAUGCAGAAGAAAACUGAUCGAAAUGCCAAAAAAACAAAAAAUAACUUUUAUAGACAUGCAAACACAACUGUUAAAAAUAAUGAGCAUUAUAGUUCUAGUUUGACUAGAAAAUAGCUAAAUAUUUCAAAACAUUUUCACUAAAGAUAUUGAGAGACUUAAGAUCAGUGAGUUAAAGAUUUAGCAUUUCAUGUUAAAUCUUGAACAUUAAAACUGGCACCAAAAAAAA